AAUACUGUACUUACACACCAAAAACCGCUCGAGAAAACCUUUACUCUCUCUCUCUCUCUCUCUCCACCUUCGAAUCGGCCAUGGACGAGAGUAAGCAGCAGCAGCAGAGUCUCGAUUCUCUUGAAGAAGCAGAGAAGACGACGUCGUCGGUAGAUGAAGAAGAAGAAGAGGAGGAGGAAGAAGAAUUGGACGAAGUUGAUGACGACGACGACGACGACGACGACGGUGAUGACGGUGGAGGCGAAUUUCGCGUCGAGCAGAGGAAGCAACUCGGCGAGUCACCGAAAAAUGAAGCCCGAGUGAAAUCUGAAACCCUAGCCGUGGCGUCGUUGUCGGAGAACGAUUUUAAGUCCAAUUUCGCUGCUUCUGCUCACCUUCUCUCAGAGGUGCCGGUGGAUUAUGCUCUGCUACGGCCGCUGGAGUCGCCUAAUUUCAAGGAUCAAGUUGGGAAGUCCCACCAACAAGCUUUGGUAAGUGUAAUAACCGAAGCUGCUCAAUCGCAGUUACAGAAUGAGGUGACUAAGUCACCUCAGUGUCCAACUUCUUCAUCUGAAUUGUCACCAACUUCUGUUACGCAGUCCAUUUCAUCAGGCCCAACUAACAAAAAACUGUCACUAGUAGCUAACACCAAUAGUGCAUGUAUGCCGGAAGUGGUACGGCAGAAUUCUUCCAACCGUAAAAGUAUACUGUCCACUGAUGGCUAUAAUUGGCGUAAGUAUGGUCAGAAGCAGGUGAAAAUUCCGCAAGGCUCGCGAAGUUACUACAGAUGCACAUAUUCUGAGUGUCACGCUAAAAAGAUUGAAUUCUCUGAUAACUCAAACCGUAUGAUUGAGAUCAUUUGUAAAGGCGAGCACAAUCAUGAUCCGCCUAGGAGAAUAAAUUGCACUAGGGAAAGUAGGCUUGCAUUACCUGCUGCACCUAACAGUCCUGGUAGUACAGGUCAUCCAGUGAGGGUGCUUAACGAUUCAGAUCCAUCGACUUCUUCAAGAGAAGUCAUACAAGAAACACCUGUACUACCUGAGACAAAACGACAGAACUGUAUUGGGUCCAACGGGACUGCUGAUGUGGACAUUAAGGAGGAGCAUGUUGAUGAACCAGAACCAAAACGAAGAGUGAAGAAAGGCAACACUGCAUAUUCAGGUCCUCUAUGUAAACCUGGCAAGAAACCGAAAAUUGUUGUGCACGCAGCCGGUGAUGUGGGAAUCUCAGGUGAUGGCUACAGAUGGCGCAAGUAUGGACAAAAAAUGGUGAAGGGAAAUCCUCACCCCAGGAACUACUACAGAUGCACCUCAGCCGGAUGUCCAGUCCGGAAGCACAUCGAGAGAGCAGUAGAUAACACUACCGCCCUCAUAAUAACAUACAAGGGAGUGCACGAUCACGAUAUGCCUGUACCCAAGAAGCGGCACGGCCCACCUAGUGCUCCUCUUGUUGCUGCUGCUGCACCUGCUUCCAUGAACCCAAACUCACAAUUCAAGGACACUGAACAAACCCAGAACCAAAUAUCACCAACCCAAUGGUCGGUGGCCACAGGGGGAGGAUUAACUAGUGAGGCAAUGGAUACAGGGGAGGAGAAGGCAAUGGAAUCUGCUCGAACUCUUUUAAGUAUUGGAUUUGAAAUCAAACAAUGCUGAGAAAGCCCAUUUGAUGGCCCAGGAGAGAGGAAAUGUGCAAGUUCAUGGGAUGAGAUAAUGAAGAUUAUUGUAGAUUAUCAAUGGCCUUUCCGCGUUAAGACUAACAUGGGUUUCCAAAUAAAUUAUUACAUUUUUCGUGUUUUAUUAUUAUUAUUUUUUUGGCUAUGUUCAUUUUGUUUGUUUUGGUUCUGUUGUAGUCUUUAAGCAAAACAGUUGUGUACAUUUGGGCACAAUUUGCGUUGAAUGUUGUUAGUAGUGGAUUAGUGUAAAAUUGGUUGAUACCCA